CACAAACGUCAUCGUGUGUUUGACUGGCUGAACUGAAUUCCCUACUGUCUGCAGUGCGCACAUCUAACAAUCAGAUUUUUUUAGCUUUUUCCACUUAUUCUUGUCGAACAUUUGAAUUAAUCAGGUCUAUGCGAUGUCCGUUCAUUUGUUUGUAGUCUAACAAGACUACCAUACCACGCUUCACCACCAUCACAGAUUGCUGACUUUCGCACCGAGUAUUAUUUUGCAGAUUUCGGCUUUAUACUUUGUUGCUGCACUGCUGUAUUCUACCGUUUGUACGGUGUUAAUUUGCAAUUGUCUGCUGUUCGUGCGUAACGCGAAAGUGUGCCAAGUUGCCAGCGCUGUUAAUUCCACCUGUUUGUGAUCUGGUUAAAUUUGCCUGUUAUUCUGGCCGUUUCUUUAAAUCGCAAUGUGAAGAAGACUCCGCGUAUUAAGUGCCUGCUCUAAUUGCUCAAAGUUCGUGUGAUCAGCGCGUACGCCAGACGCCGUAAUAUUUUAGCAUGACGACGGAGUCCUGCGUGGCGCUGGCAGGCGGCGGGAAUUCCUGCGGAGAUGCUGGGGAUCCGCUGCACGCUGUCUCCUUGAGCAAUGUGUGGAUGUACUCCUUUAUUGCCACCAUCCUGGUCAGCCUUUGCGGCGUGAUACCCAUUGUUUUUAUCCCGCUGGAUGGCGCGGAGUCCUUGAAUACUCCAGGUGGAACGAGUAAAUUGCGCAUGUUUCUGAGUUUCGCUGUUGGAAGUUUAUUGGGUGAUGUGUUUUUGCAUCUGUUACCCGAAGCGUGGAGGAAAUGUUCGGGUACUCACGCUCAUCUGAUGAAUGGACUGAUGGUGAUUUUUGGGAUCUUGUCGUUCAGCUUUGUUGAGAAACUGUGCGAGAGCACAGUGGAAGAAGAAGAGGAAGAAACCGCAACCACACACGUGCAGAAUGGGAAAGCUUCCGGUGAUAAUUCUUCUUUAUCCGAAACCAAGGCGCCGGCUAAGGCGGCAAGUUGGGCUACGGGAUAUCUUAACCUUUUCGCUAACUGCAUGGACAAUUUCUCACAUGGUCUGGCUAUUGGAGGCAGUUUCCUGGUGAAUUUCAAAGUCGGGGCGCUGACAACUCUAGCAAUUUUGCUGCAUGAAAUUCCGCACGAAAUUGGAGAUUUUGCGAUUCUUGUGCGAUCUGGAUUUAGCAGAAGAGGGGCAGCGAAAGCUCAGUUUUUGACGGCUGCUGGUGGUUUGCUGGGCGCAUCAGCUGCAAUCUGGUUUGAAUCAGCGGAGAACGUCCAGGAAAGAAGUUCUUAUAUCCUGCCAUUUGCAGCGGGCGGUUUUUUGAAUAUUGCCCUUGUUAAUCUGCUGCCUGAAUUGUUGCAGGAAAAGAGGCCCAUUGAAUCUUUGAAACAAAUGACCUUCCUGUCCGCUGGCGUGUUGGUGAUGGCGACGGUGACAGUUUUCUUCGAGUCUUAAAUUCGAUUAGGGAAAUAGACAGCGCAGUUUAUUUAUGACCUUCGUUUGUUGGCAACGUUUGUGAUUUCAUGAGAUUAAGAUGCUUUUUGUGUGCCUUUGCAACUCGAGGAAAAUUUUUAUUUUCCGAUGAAUUUAAUUUUUAUAUUUGAAUUUUUUACGCUGCAUUUCUGAAGUCAAGAACGCGAAUAAGUGUUUUCAGCAAUUUGUAUUUAAUUAGAGCGCAUUUAUGACGCAAAAAGCCAGGGAAAAAUUAAGCUCAAAUCAUACAG